AUGGCUUAUCCAAUCAAUGACACAACUGAAACAACUAGCAUCUUAUCAGUCUCAUCUGAUGACGAAUUCGAAAGAAGCAUUUUUUCUUGGACACCGGAAUUUCCAUACAAGGACAAUAGUAUCAAUGAAAAUGAUUGGUCUUCAUCUGAUGAGAGUGAUAAUGAUAGUGAUGACAAAGAAAUAACUUACCAUCAUCAAGAAGCAUCAAAUGACAAGAAUAUUCAUUGGAGUGAUAGCUCUUCUCUCACUCAUGAUGUACGUUUGCAAUCUAUGACUCGAUUCGAACGUCGACAAGCGUGUUAUUACCAAGAGAAACUUCAACAAAUUCGACAACAAUUAAGAGAUGAAAAUCUUAUUUUACGACCAAUUUAUAAUGAUAUUGGCUAUCAUGUGGAGUCAGUACAUACUUUUUAUAACAAAGUCAAUCGAUUCAUGAACCGAACAAACAGCUAUUCAUUGAUUUUUAAACUCAGUCGUUCAUAUCCGACUGCUAGUAAAAAUUGUUUAGCUAAAAUUGUUGAACGAGUUGAAACAACAUUGAACAAUUUAUUACAUUCGAAAUCUAUUACUGAAACACAAUAUAUAUGUCUAUGA